UCUCAUCUCUUAUGGAUCUUUUGACAAAUCUGAUAUGUGAAGAGGAAAAAAAAAUUAACGUUACCCCUCUGCCAAAAUUUAGUCCAAAUAAUCUUGCUAGCAGAAGUUCUUUUGCUCAGUCUAUUGUUAAGUAGUUGUAAGAGUCACAAUUCAAACAAUAUUUAUAAUCCAAAGGGAGAAGGCUCACUUCCAAAGACAACUGUUCUGGAUGCAAAGCUGUCCCUCAGUCAAAAUUUAUAAUCCACCAAGACCUGCUAUUCAAAUUAGUAGUCCAUAGGCCUUCUCCAAGAGAUUUUUCACUAUUUCAGUUUCCACUGUCCAUAAAUAGUUCUCCAGUCCAACAUUAAGAAUUUAUAAUCCACACUAACUCUGUCUUUAAGCAGCUUGUAGAAACGUAGUUCAAACCGUACUUAUAAUCCAAAGAAAAAAAAGAUGGUUUCAAAAUAGUUUAUAUCCUUUAGUUAUAAUUCAUCCUGCAGAACAGAAAAAAAAAAGCAGCCCAGAGAAAGCCUUCUCUUUUCAGCUAUAAUCGACAGGACUGUGAAGGUCAGGAACAUCAAACAUCAAAGGGUUUAAACUUCAAACUAUGACAGGGCAUCUAGCCAACUUCUAGCUUUGUAGACAAAAUACAGUUAAUCCCCCAGAUAUGAGCAUUUAUUUAGCAAUAUGUCAUAAAAACGAGGUUAUUCAGAAAGGGCACUUACAUUAAAAAUUCAAAACUGCAUUCAAAAAUAGGCCUCUGUAGCCAUGUGACUUGGAUUCAGUCUCGGCUGCUGCGGCAGGCAUUUUAACUCUGUGAUUUGCCUGGGCUGGUUCGGGCCUAUGAGAAGCCGGAAGUGUUUUUGUGUGCAUGUGUGUGUGUGUACCUGAUGACACGGCGAAGCAAGAUUUUUUGCAGCUGGCAGGUCUAUUUGUUCUUGUUUUCCUGGAGCUCCGUGUGGAAGAUCUGCUGCUUGCUGGGCUUGUAGAGAGCUAGAAUUAUUUCUGAAGGAAGAAAAGCAAAAAACUUCAGGUAAAAGGAAACAGUCAACUCCGGAUCAACUAGAGAGCAUCAAAGAAAAAGAACCAGCAGGACGAUGAUGGCGAUGGGAACAUUUUUGUUUGUUUUGCUGCUUGCUCUGCUGAUUCUCCUCUUCCUGAGACAACUCUGGACUCAAAGACAUUUGCCUCCCGGUCCUUUGGCUCUACCUCUCAUUGGGACCUUGGGAGCUUAUGGGAUUUGGCUUCAUGAAGAUUAUAUCCCUAAGCAUGUAAAGCGAUAUGGAAAUAUAUCUACUUUGAGGGCUGGACCUAACCUUCUAGUAUUUCUAUCUGGAUUCAAAACUGUGAAAGAAGGAUUGAUCAGCUUCGCAGAAGAAUUUUCUGACCGACCAGACGAUCCUUUAAUGGCUCCUUUAGGGAAAGAAAGGGGAAUUAUUUUUUCCAGUGGCCACACCUGGAAACAGCAGAGACACUUUGGCAUCACUUCUCUGCGGAAGCUGGGCCUGGGAAAGAAAAGCAUUGAGCACCAAAUAGAAGAUGCUGCUCAGACAUUGGUAGAGGCCUUUAGACAAACAAAAGGACAGCCAUUUGACCCUUCAUUUCCUGUCCGAAAUGCAGUUUCUAACAUCAUAUCUGCUUUGAGUUUUGGACAUCCAUUUGCUCCUGAAGAUGAAAACUUCCAGAAGUUAAUUCAAGCCCUUAAUUUUGUUAUUAAUUUCACUGGUAACAUUUUCCACGUGAUUUAUCAUGAGUUCCCACAAUUAAUGAACUACCUCCCAGGCCCUCACCAGAAAGCCCUGGCUUCUAGGGACUUUAUCCUUUCCUUUGCAAAGCAGGAAAUAGAGAAACACAAGGAAUUUCACGCUUUGCAUGAGCCACAGGAUUUCAUUGAUUACUAUCUUCUUCAAAUGGAGAAGAGCAGGAAUGACCCCGAUUCAACCUACAGUGAAGAGAACCUGGUUCAGUGUAUUUGGGAAUUUUUUUUUGCUGGGUCAGACACAACCAUGGCUACUCUGAUGUGGGCACUGCUCCUCUUGACCAAUCAUCCUGAUAUCCAAGAAAAAGUCCAGAAGGAGAUUGAAGAUGUGUUUGGCUUCUCAGGGUCAAUUUCCUAUCAGGAUUGGAAGAAGCUGCCUUACACCAAUGCUGUGAUUCAUGAAAUGCAGCGUGUAAAAUAUGUCUUGCUUUUUGGGGUUUCCAGGCAAAGUACAAAGGAUGUGAAGAUGAGGGGUUACCUUAUUCCAAAGGGGAGCAUUAUUUUCCCAUACCUGCGCUCUGUUCUUCUUGACCCUGAACAAUGGGAGACACCUGAAGAAUUUAACCCAAAUCACUUUUUAGAUAAGGAUGGGAAGUUCAUUGAACGGGAAGAGUUCCUGCCAUUUGGAAUAGGUCAACGUGCAUGUUUGGGACAGCAGCUGGCAAGAAUUGAGAUCUUCAUCUUUCUGAUCAGCCUGUUGAGGGCCUUCAGUUUCCAGUUGCCUGAAGGAGUGAAAGAACUCAAUGAAGCUCCUGUUGUAAAAGUGACAUUGCAUCCACACCCUUACAAAUUUUGUGCUAUUCCCACAAAGUUUUAAACAUAAACAAUAUAAAAAGCAUAAAAGUAAUUAUGGAGUAGCUAUUCACUAUAAUAAACGUUUCCUAUAUACCUAUUCACUUAA